GCCCAAAAAACGUUAACAUAAUGGGCAUUAGAUUGAUUCCAAACGCGUAGUAAAAUUUACCUAUUAUCAUGUGAUAAAAAUUGUUUAAUGCCCAUGCAUUUUUUACUUAUGAGCAAAUCAUUUUUUCAGAUCAACAAAGGUGCUUGGUAAAAUGGGGAAAGGCCCGAAACACAACCUCGGUAGAAACAGAAAUAAUGCUAUUUUUAAGGUUGCUGGUGUUAAUAUGAAGGAUAAAAAGGGAAAGGCGAAGGAAGUUGUAUCCAAACUGAAAGUGUUGAACGCGAAGAAUAAAUCCAAGGUUAUGGAUUUAGAUAAUACACUCAAACAGUUGCAACAUUCUAAUGCAUUGGCAGGAACUAGUGUGUCUGGUAAAGAGAAGAAGGACGAGACUAUUAAACCUGGUCCAACUAAACCUGAAAAUAUCAAGGAUACUGAUAUGACAGAUCUGGCUGAAAUGCUCAAAACAAACAGCUAAACCUAAUUUUUUAAAUAAAUUUUUUUUCUACCAA